CGCUGCCGCCGCUGGUGUCAUUGUUCUCUGCUGUGAUCCUUUCUCUCUCUUGCCCUAUUUCCUUCCUCGCCUCUCUCCUCCUUUUCCGACCUCUCUCCUGGCUCUCCUAGACUCUCACCCUCCCAUCCUCUCACCUCACCCUCAUUCUCUUUCACUCUCGCGCUCACGCAAUCUGCCAUCCCACCCCUCCUCCAUCUCUCCUCCCCUUCAAGCCCCCAUUUCCCGCCAAUUCCCACCUACAGCCAGUAGGAUCACUGCGUGACGCGCUUAGAGGCAGCAGGGUGCAGCAGGCCCAGUGCGUUUGGGGGUCGAAGUGUCUGUUCUUACAUCCCUGGGCUUUAUUGCCCGAGGUAACCAGUACCUACCUUAGGAUAGCGGAGGAGUAAGUGGCCCGUCCACCCGCCCGCAGUUCUCUGUGCAACGCAGCAUUCCCCUUAGAGGGGUCGGUCGUCCUGUAGUUUGGCUGCUCAUUGACGGAAAGGCGCCCUACCAAAAAUACGUUACCAAAGUACAGAUACUUGUCCAUGACCAGGACCGAUACCUGAGGUAGUUCGUUGCAGUUAAGUCUGGCCCAGUCCGUCCAGUCCAGUCCAAAUCUUGCGCUCCGUCUGGUGCGGAAAGGCACGGACGGCCGUUUCUCUCUCACCCGCUCACUCACACAACACACAAACACACUCACACACACACUCUCUAUUUCCCGAGUCCCCUCCCUUAGGGACCUUUCUGCAGGAAUUCACGACCCUGCCGUGCCCUGAGACCUGUACAGAAACGGACGUGGAUGCUGUAGGCCUGUACGGGUCGCGGUACAACACCUCAUACUCCUACGACCCUCGUACAGCGCUAGCGAUCUGGACUUGGACUCCCCGUCUCCCCUCGCUGCGCAGUCGCUGCCCAGCACCAAAGAAGCGCCAGCGACCUGAACCCAAACGGAUUAUUCCCAAACCUCACUCCUUUCUUCCCGCUCCUCCUCUAUUCUUCCAUUCUCCUUGUCUACUUCCAUCCUCCUCUUCCUCUUCCCUCUUCUCUCUUCCUCACCACCGCCUCUCAUCGGUCGCAAUAUUCCGUCCUCUUCAUUCUUCGACGCUACUCUUGUCGCAAGCCAAGCGACCCCGCGGCCCGACCUUCAUCGGCACGCUCGCUCCUGGCCUUUAAGUUCUUGACGCUCCUUAUUCGACUUCCAACCCACGGCGUCGCGUGCGACAACCUUCGUUUUGCGACACCUUGCGAGCGACAUUGUUUGCUUCCCGCGGCCCCUUGCUCUUUUCAACCGACGCUGUUCGUCUUCGCCUCGUUCAAAUCACGAUCCUCGCAGCCCGCAUACCCAGGCUAACCCGCUCCGUUCUGGCGCAGUACAACUCACGAUUACGCCUGCCGCCUGCGCAAACCUUCCAAUUCACUGCGCUCCUUGCCCGACACCGACUCGGCACCAAUUACAUCCCGCCUCCCAUUGUCGUUCGCCGCCCACAAGCUAUCGUCGGUCGAUCUCGCUUCCGAACGUUUUGCUGGAUCGGUGGCACGAGGCUGUAGGAUCCGCGAAUCGGGUGACUGUCAUCCUUUUGCUGGCCUCCCGACGAUUGUGACAAUCUCAGGAUGACCACGCUCUUAUCACAAAGCUCCUCGCCCACGACAUCCCCACCCACUGCAGCUUCUCCCUCCGCCAACCCGAAUCACCCCUCACUACCGCCACUAAUAACAUCACCUCAUAGCCGACGAUCGACAGCACCGAGACCAAUGUCGCACGCUUCAAAGAACCGCUUGUCGCAGUACUCGACGGGCUCUGCCCCUUCGCGUUCGCGACCGCCUUCUCACAUAUUCCCAAUGUUUCCCUCGACUCUUUCCUACACCCUUGUGCGCGAUUUCGCAUAUCCCAUGAUGCACCCUAUGCACUAUGGCCCCCCUCCUGAGCCGUCGCAUCCCGCAUCCGGUCUCAGUACGCCCGCCAGCGAGUCGCGCCGCCUCUCUGAUCCUCCCGCCACCUGGGAAACCAAAAUGAGUUGGGACAAUGGAUCCUGGGGCACCGAAGGCUUCGGCAAGGCCCACGAUCUACCACCCAUGGAAUUUCGGGAUGGUCCACCUUGGAGCGAGGACGAAGACUUGGCGAGCCCUGUCGUUAGCUCUCGGCACCGAAAGCACAAGUCCUCUGCGGCAGCUUUUGGCGGAACUGGACGAGCGAGAAACUCCCGCGAUGCGGGCAACGACCUGCUGAACACGGCGCACUACGAGCGAGAGCGCGGCUUCUAUGUCGGGACCAGCGGCGAUGGCAGCGAGCGCUACUAUCUGAACCAGGGAGGUGAAGCGAACGGACCGGGCGGGGAAUAUGUCACCUACCCGCCCGACGACGCGAGGCAUUCCAGCCAUGCAUACCAGUUGGGCAGCCUUCCUCCUCGACAGUAUGUGGAACAUGAGGCGUACUCGGACGCCUCGAGCUCCGCAUCGUCGCCGGGGUUUCGCCCCGACGACCAAUCGAGGUACUCGCGAGACUACCAGUUUACCAUUACGUCGCCCGACGAGGAAAUGCACGGCAAGGCCGUUGCUCUUUUUGACUUUGAGAGGGAAAACGAGAACGAAUUGCCGUUGGUGGAGGGCCAGAUCAUAUGGGUCUCGUAUCGACAUGGCCAAGGCUGGCUUGUGGCCGAAGACCCUAAGACGCAGGAAAGCGGACUGGUCCCCGAAGAAUACGUUCGCCUGCUCCGCGAUAUCGAGGGUGGAAUGAACAGCCUCACCGGGAACCUGGGCGAGGGAUCUACGUCUCCCAACGACGUUGGAACGCCGACCCAGGCGGAACAUCAACCCCACGGCCACACUCCAACGGGCAGCCAGUCUUCAUCCAACGGUUACCACCAGCCUGUUGUAUCGACGUUUUCUACUUCCAGCAAAGACCUGGACCCAUACCCGACGCAGCAAUUGGGCAUUCAGGCCGGACAGCCCCCGCCCCAAGUCGUCCAUUAUCAUGGCCAGAGAGGCGGUAGCCAGGCCAACACACCUACUCUGGCGUCGCAUCACGAGGUCGGCAUGAUGCGUCGAGGUAGCCAGGACACGACAGCGAAAAAGACAGACUCCCAGAUCAGCCCCUUGACGGAGGCAAUUACAGAGGGCAGCUUGGUGGACCGGUCAAGCACGCCCAAGGCGCAGACUCCCGGCGAGAAGCCCGCAGACGCUGACGCCGACGCCAUGGACAUGGGCCGGUGAUGUUGGAGAGGCUGACAAGGUCUUUGCUGUGGUGGUACUUGGACGUCUGGAUUUUGUGUUAAGGCAGAUCUCUUCCCUCGAGGGAUCUGUCAAAAGCCAUGUACUAUGAGGAACCUUAGGGAGGAGCGUUUCUGAUUUCGCUUUGAUGAUCAAGAGGCGUAUUGUUGUAUUUCAGGAGACAUAAAGAGGGGAGCCCCAGGUCGGUCGCUUUCAGCAUGUAGCUUGGAUGACGGAAAAUAUGGAUGGUCACGGCCCCGUGGAAGGAUCCAUCUGGGUUCAAUGCGGAUGAUGGAAGACGGCAUGUUGGGCGGUCGGAUGUCCGGUUCCCGGCCGCGGCACCAGAUGAAUGUGAGGUGUUGUUUUAGCUAAGCUCUCAGCAACUGAAGCUGUUUGCUUGUACAUAAUAUAUCGGGGUGAUCCCCAGCUUUCCCCGUAUGAGGGAGGGUGUAGACCAGCAUGAGCCGCUCCAACAAAUGCGCAGUCUUCUAUAGAUACUUUGACGCUUCGACGCUGACAGCCAGUCAGUCC